AUGAAGGAUGCGAAGGCCGGCGAGCGCGUGGUGGCCGCCCGGGACGAGGAGAUCGAGCAUCUGACGCGAGAGCUCGAGGCCGCCGAGGCCAAGUCGCAGGAGGUGAGCCGACGCCUGGCCCAGCUGGCCGACGAGCAGGCCGCCGACUACGAGCGACGGAUCGAUUCGCUGAACAGGGAGGUCGAGGCCAUGCAGCGGCUGAGCGACGGCGAGCUCGCCAAGCUGCAGCUCGAGCUCGACCGGCGGGCGCUCGAAUUCGAGACAGAGAAGGAGCGGCGCGACCACCGCGAGCGGGAACUCGACGAGGCCAAGGCCGAGGCACUCGACCAGCAGCGGCGGUACUACGAGAAGGAGAUGACCCGCAUCAAGGAGGAGAUGGCCCGGCAGUGGGCCGAGUGGGAGAACCGGGGCCGCGAGGACGAGCGGGAGACCAAGGGCAUGAUCCUGCGGCUCAACGAGGAGAAGGAGGAGCUGAUCGCCCGCGCGCGCAAGGACCGGGACGACGCCCAGCUCGAGCACCAGAGGACCGCGGCCCUGCUCGAGGACCGGCUCCGGCAGACGGCCGACGCCGCACAGGCGACCGAGGCCCGCCUCCGCGGCGAGCUGUCGCGCAUCGAGGAGGAGCUAGCGGCCGUCGCCGAGGCCAAGGCCGCGCUCGAGCUGCGGACCGACGAGCAGCGCAGGGCCUUCGAGCAGCAGAUCGCUGGACUCGAGUCGAGCAUCGCAGCCACCAGCCACGAGCUCACCGCCGAGCUGGGGGUUCUACGCGACGAGCUGGACGCGGCGCAGCGCGCCAACCGGGACCUCCAGUCAACGCACGACGCCGAACGCGAGCAGCUGGCGAGGGACAGCGAGAGUGCCAUCGCGACCCUGCGGGCGGCGCACGACGCCGAACUCGCACAGCAGGCGGCGGGCAGGGAGAGCGAGGCCGAGACCCUCCGCGUGGCCCACGACGCCGCGCUCGAGCAGCUGACCACGCUGCUGAGCGCCAAGGCGAGCGAGGUCGAGGCCCUCGAGCGCUUGGUGCGGGAGAAGGAGAGCGAGAUCGAGAGCGCGAAGGACGACGCGCGCAGGGAGAGGGACGAGCUGGCGACGCUGCACCUGGGCCAGCGCGCCGAGCUGGCCGCCGCGCUCGAGGCCAAGGAGAGGGAGAUGGCCGAGCUCAGGGAGGUCGAGGCCAGAGCGAGGCGCGAAGUGGAGGAGCGCGCGGCGGCGGAGGUGACACGGCUCGAGCAGGCCAAGAAGGCCGAGCUGACCGAGCUCGAGGAGAAGCACGGGCGCGAGAUCGAGGAGCUCACGGCGCAGGAGAAGCGGAUGAUGCACGACUUUGCCGUGAUGAAGGAGGAAAUCGAGAAGUCCAUCAACGAACGAAUCGACUACAUCAAGCAGAUCGAAACUCGCCGGCAGGCGGAGAGGCAGGCGCAGGACGAGAUCGCGCGCCUCAAUGACACGAUCACGCGCAUGCAGAAGGACUUCAAGUCCCUCAUGCAGGAGAAGCACCAGCUGGAGGCUCGCGUCGAAGAGCUGGUGCUCAUCAAUGGCAAGCUCACCGGGCACCAGAACCUCAACCAAAAGAUCCAGCACCACGUGAAGGUGAAGCAGGAGAACAACUCGCUUAAGAUCCAACUCCAAAAGCUGAAGAAGGAGCUAGACCGCACCAAGAGCGAGCUUGCCAAGUUCAGGCCGGAGGGGUCCGUUGACCUGGCCGCAGACGAGGACGAGGAGGAGAAGCUCAAGAAGCAGCUCGUCCAGCAGGAGGAGGUCAUCGGCGCCCUCGACGCGCAGCUCAAGGCCCUGCGCGGCCAGCUGAGCUCCCUCUACAACGCACACAUCGGCUCCACCACCGCGACAACCUUGACGGGCGGCGACGCUGUCUCAUCAGACGAGACGACGGAGGCCGAGGACGCGUCGUUCUCCUGGGCCUGA